UUUCAAUACAUGGCGUUUUCUAUUGUUAAUUAAAUUAAUUUACCAAUGAUACCAGUAUUUUUCAUUGAUAGGUCUGUAUAUUGUUGAUGGAAAUAUAUGAAUUUAAAUGCUUAUAAAUAAAAUAUAAAUAACAGUUCGACUUACUAACUAACAAUAUACAUGUAAACGUUGAAGAUAAAUUUACUGAAGUGACAAAAAUAUCUAGUAUUUUACCGAAAGGAAAAGUUGAAAAAAACUUAAUAAAUACACUUUAAUGAAAUAAUAUUCGAGUUUCUUCAACUAUACAAAGUUUGAAAAUGAUGAUGGUGUUUAUCUAAUAGUAAUGCAUCAAAAGUGGGUACAGUUACUUUACAAAAUCAAAUACAACAGCAUAUAUAGACGCUUUUGAUUUGUUAGGACGACAAGAUAGAAAAUGGGACAAUUUACAACGAAACAGAUUUUGCUGAUGGUAUGCAUGCUAAUAAGUGGAGGUGUUUGUACACUGUGUCGAAAAGCACAAUUUGAUUGUAUGGCAAAAGGUUACAACGGUAAAGUACACCGCUUUAAUCAUCCCUGGUUUCAAACAUGGAUGCUUUUUACAGCACAAUGUUUUUGUCUGUUUGGAGUACCAAUCUUAAGACGGAGACAAGCACAGCAAUACAAACGAAAGAUAGUACAGACAGAGUGCAACGGCGUACUACUUACAAUACAAGAAGAACCACCAACUCCUGCAAGGUUAUGUCAAUGGAUAAUUAUCAUACCGACUUGCUCGUCUCUUGUUGCUUGUUCAUUGAUUGGUAUUGGGUUGCUCUAUGUUGAUGCCUCCAUCAUGCUAAUGCUAAAAGGCUCCGUUAUUAUAUCUACCGGGCUUUUUUCGCACGUGUUUCUGAAUCGAAAACUGAAACUAGCUAAUUGGAUUGGUAUUGCUGUUGUCAUUGUCGGUCUUGUGCUAGCUGGUUGUUCAAGUGUGUUCAAAAGUCAAGGUCACAAAUCAAACGGUGGAAAUGCAACAACAGGAGUUAUACUAAUUAUCUGUGCUCAAAUUAUAGCAGGAGGCCAGUUCACUCUAGAGGAGGCUUUGUUAAAAUCGAGGAGUAUACAUACUUUACAUUUUGUAGGUUUGAAAGGCAUCUAUGGAUUUGUGUUAAUGACGUUUGUGAUAUUGCCGGCGUUGUACUUCAUACCAGGGGAUAAUAUAAAUGGUAGCUUUGAGAACAGUAUCGAUGCUUUAUACCAAAUCUCAAACAGUCCUCAGCUUUUGUCGUUUUGUGUUUUAUAUAUAAUUGGUGUGGCAGUCUAUAACUGUUGUGCAAAGGCUGUGUUCAGGUCACUUUCCGCUGUUCACAGCACGUUGAUAGAUGCUUGCAGGACAAUAAUGGUAUGGGCAGUGGGUAUGACCAUUUACUAUGGUUUUGAUCAGAACUUUGGUGAACCAUUUGAUAAAUCAUACGGAAUAUUACAAGUUGAUGGGUUCCUCUUUCUUGUCAUCGGUACAUCAAUAUACAAGAAUAUUUUAGAAAUUAGAAACUUUGUUCCUUGCUGGAGUUUCUCAAGAGAGAACAACCUGCAUAUUAACAAAAGCCAUAAUGGGUGCGUUGAACAAUCGGUGGAUUCAGACAACAAUUCUCAUGACGAAAAAAGUCCACUCCUGACAGUAAACAAGGCUUAGUCCAGUUAUAAAAAUGAUUACUUAAAUCAACCUACGAUUGAUUGUGAAGUUUUUCUUUCAAAAAACUGUUUUGAAAUAUAUUCUUUACAUUAAAGAAACUGUACAUAUUUUGAGAGAUGCUGUAUUCAGUUUUCUUUACAAAUAAUAUUUUGUACAAAUGACGAAAGAAUGGUAAAUAAAUAAAUGGCUUGCCCAGGUUGCUGAUCAUGA